AUGACGGAGGCGGUGAGGUACAGUCGGGCAGAGGUGGCCGAAAAGACGGGUCGUAAUGCGGCACCAGUGUGGAUCAUAUACAAGGACUCCGUCUAUGAUGUUACUAAAUAUGUUGCUGAACAUCCCGGCGGCCCCGAGCUGGUUACAGACGAGGCGGGCACCGACUGCACCAAGGUCUUCCACGAGGCCGGCCACACGGCUGAUGCUUACACCAUACUCGCCAAAUACAAAAUAGGAGAACUACACGAAGAAGAAAAACAUUACGAUGCCAAUGGAAAGAAGAAGAAAAUAGUAGCUGUAAAACCUGAUGGACAAACUAGAACUUGCUUAAAUAAAGUCACGUGUGGUCUUCUGGGAUAA